AUGACAUCAGUAAAACACGUGCACAAGAAAUAUGUCUCUAAGCCUGCAACCUGCUCCGACUGGAAGAAUAUCUAUGUCGUCAGUGUGUUCGCGUUCGUUGAUGCGCUGCAGUUCGCAUUUUUCGUAUGGACCUUCUGGCCUUAUUGUCAACAGCUUGAUCCCACCUUGUCCGCCUCGUUCAUUGGUCUCAUCAUGGCCGUCUCGGGAUUGGGAGAAGCCGUUGCGGCCCCGAUUUUUGCAGCUCAAAUGCUGUUCACAUGGAUCGGUGGAGAAGGAGUGGAUGUCGGUUUCAUGCGAAUUUCCAUGUACACAGCACCGGCCAUACUCGCCAUUGUGAUCAAUAUCGCUUGUGUCAUCUUCCUUGUUUUCUGUUUGGAAGAUGGAUUGGAUCGUUACAAUGGUUCUGACUCGGACAACGUUUCCACGUACAGUAUCGCAGCCGCCAGUGACUCUGAUCUUGAGAGAAACGCGGUGAAGACAGUACGAAUGGAUGUACUGGCUGUAGUUGUGUGUAUGUGGACAAGAGCAGCACGCAUGCUGAUCACAGCCAAUGUGGAGAGUAUCGGUUCACCAUUCUCCGAGGUGAUGUUCGGUCUGGACAACGAGCAAGUUCUGAACUACAACUCCAUGAUGCAGGGAGCCGUCGGCGUCCUCACCACCAUGAUGUUCAUUGUUUACGCCUUCACUGACUAUUCGAAAUGGUAA